CCGGGUUGUGGUUCCGACUUUUUGACUUGAUUUACUUUCAGGCUAUUCAUCCCCCGCCUUAUUAACCUGGGGCAAACAAAGGGGAAGUUGGUUGCAAUAUUCAAGUGUUCCCUGCUUCUUUCAGUCUAAUAGUCUCACUAAUGUUACGUUCACAACUUCAAAUCAGACGAUUAACAACACAAGCAAAGCCAGAGAAAUUUCUUCAAACCGUUGUAUUAAGCAAUGGUGCGACAUUUACUUUAAGAACAACAUCUCCUGUUCGACAUCAACUUCGUCUCACAAAAGAUACCCGUAAUCAUCCACUCUGGAAUCCUACAUUGUUGAAAGAAGGCUUGACCGACGAAAGUGAACAAUUGAAUAAGUUUCAAAAACGUUUUGGUGAUCUUGAUUUCUCAGAUAUUAGUUGGAUUGAAAGUGAUGAGGCAGUCUCCAAAACGAUAAUGAAAGCUGCUGCCAGCGGAGGAUAUAACAAGAAAGCAGAGAAAGACAAGAAAAAGAAAUAAGUUUAAGAAUAGCGUAUUCGACAAUAUUCACUCAUCCAAAGUCUUGAAUUGUAAUAUACAAUGGAUGGAAAAUCAACGGAACAGUGAAAGCAUUUUUCAAUAAAAGCCUUAUAACGAUUUUAUGAAACAAAAAUCGAUGUAUAGAAUUGACACCUUAAAGCUUCAAACAAAAAAAAAAAAAAAAAAAAAAA